AUGGUUCUGGGGUUGAGGUCUAAGCACAGAAAAGAUGGAUCAAUUCAAGUAAACUAUCUUGUUCAUGUACAAGAGAUUAAGCCUUGGUCUUCACCAGUACAAUUUCUUGAUCCAAGUCAAUGUCUAUCACUAGUAUGGGAAAAUGGUGAUCAAAUGUCUGGUUAUCUUUCCCCCACUCUUAUAGAUUCCAAAAUCGAGUUCAAUCAAUCUUUCAUACUUCCAUUAACCUUACGUAGAGAUAAAAGGGAUCGCGAUAAGUUUCAAAAGAAUUGUCUGGAGUUCCACUUGUAUGAGCCUCGAAAAGAUAAGCCAAAUAAAGAUCAACUUUUAGGGUCAGCUAUAGUUAACCUUGGUGAUUAUGGGAUCAUUGAAAACAUUUUGAGUGUUAGUGUCCCAAUCAGCUCUAAAAAGAGUUCUAAAUCUGUAGCACAACCGGUUUUGUUUCUUAAUAUACAAUCAAAUGACAAAGACGAGACUAAUUCAUCAAGUAAAAGUAGCUUAUCAAAGCAAUCAUCAAUGGAGAAGUAUGGGCAAGAGUCUGCUUCAGAAGUAACAAAUGAUGGAGAACUUGGAAUCGCUUCUUUCACAGACGAUGAUGACGAUGAUGAUGAUGCUGAUGAUGAUUCUAAACAUUCAUCAUACCAAAAUAACAAGGAUUCCAUGGAGGGCACGAAACAAGGUAAUGGAAAGCACCCUGUUCUUCCCUUGGGAAUGGAAUCAACUUCAAAGCAUCCUGAAAGGAGUAUGACUUCAGUUAGAAAAGAACCUGCUUCCCCAUUUCUUCAAUCAUCUUUUUCAACCAUGGGUUCUCAAAAUAAGACAGGAGAGCCCAAGACUCGCAUGAGAAUCUUGGAACCUAAAAAUGGAAGCCAUGGGGUUCAAGAAGAUAAAGAAGGCAAUCCACCUCCUGUUAUUACCAAUUCUGUUAGUAAAGUUGCAUCUUUGCAUGAACAAAGUGGAAACUCUGAAGCUACUAAAGAGGAUAUGAGUGAACCAGAAAGUGGGCAGGGUGAAGAGAAAAAGCAAUUCUCAGAAGACAAUCUUGUUGGUAAGUUUUUAGCUUCAAGAAAGCAAGAUAAGUUAAGAAGCAACACUCUUGUGUCUAGUAGAAAAACACCUGGAGGACAAGGACAAGGGCAAGGGCAAGGGCAGGGAAGUAAUAAACUGAAGCAUUUGAAGUCUGUUCAGAUACCGAAAUCCGGUGGGAUUUCUGGAAAUGGAAUUCCUCCUGCUAGCCCAAAUAGAGAUAAAGAUAAAGGUGUAAAGAGUGAGUCAAGUGGGGUUUCAAAAAGUGAAGAAAGGUCAAGAAUAGAGAUGCUUGAAGAAGAACUUAGGGAAACUGCAGCUAUUGAGGCUGGACUUUAUUCCAUAGUGGCUGAACACGGGAGUUCCACUAACAAAGUACAUGCUCCUGCCAGACGUCUCUCUAGAUUCUAUUUACAUUCUUGCAAACAAAAUUUACAAGAAAGAAGAGUAAAUGCAGCUAAAGCUAUUGUCUCUGGACUAGUUUUGGUUUCCAAAUCAUGUGGAAAUGAUGUUCCAAGGUUAACUUUCUGGUUGUCAAAUUCAGUCAUGUUGAGGGGGAUUGUCUCCCAGAGUGUUGGAGAUUCUCAAUCCAAAAACAAACAUGGUUCAAUCAAAGUACCUGAUAACUGGCGGGACCCACAAACAUUCAUUGUUGCAUUAGAAAAGGUUGAAGCUUGGAUGUUUUCAAGAAUCGUUGAGUCCGUUUGGUGGCAGACUUUGACUCCACAUAUGCAAGCAUCCUCCACAAAUGCAACCGGAAAAAUGAUGGGUUUGAGUUCAAAGAAAACAUCUGGAAGUAAAAACGGUUUGGGUAAUCAACAAGGGAACUUAUCUGUUGAGCUAUGGAAGAAAGCUUUCAAAGAUACUUGUGAAAGAUUAUGUCCUACACGAGCUGGAGGCCAUGAAUGUGGUUGCUUACCCGUGUUGCCAAGAUUGGUGAUGGAGCAGUUGGUGGGUAGAUUGGAUGUUGCAAUGUUUAAUGCAAUUCUUCGUGAAUCAGAAGAAGAUAUGCCUACAGAUCCGUUAUCUGACCCCAUUGGUGACUUGCGGGUCCUACCUAUUCCUGCUGGAAGAUCAAGCUUUGGAGCUGGUGCUCAAUUGAAAAAUACUAUUGGGACAUGGUCUAGAUGGCUAACGGAUCUGUUUGGUAUUGAGGAUAACGACUCUCAUGAAGAAGAAAAUGAUGAUACGAAUUUUAAGGCUUUUCGAUUACUUCAUGCAUUGAGUGACCUCAUGAUGCUUCCUUUUGAAAUGCUUGGAGAUAAGUCCAUAAGGAAGGAGGUUUGCCCAACAUUUUCUACUCCAUUGAUCAGAAGGGUUGUUUGCAGUUUUGUGCCAGAUGAGUUUUCUCCUAACCCAAUUCCCAAUUCCCUUAUUCAGGCCCUUGAUGCAGAGAUACAGGAUGAGGAAAUCGAGGCUUUUGAUGGGUCCCACUCCCAGAUACACUUCCCAUGCAUUGCACCUUCAUCAACUUAUACACCACCUCCAUCGCAUUCACUUUCUGGUGUAAUCAACAUGGAAGGAGCCCAAUCUUUAAGGAGAAGCUCAUCAUCCGUGUCGGUGCUGAAGAAAUCAUACACAAGUGAUGAUGAGCUUGAUGAGCUUGACUCACCUUUGACCUCAAUCAUUACAGACAGUUCCAGGGUUUCCUCAAGUUCCAAAGGACCUCAGUGGGUCCCCAAGGGUGGAAGGAGUAUUGCCAGAUAUCAACUCCUUCGUGAAGUAUGGAAAGAUGGUGAAUAGAUUGUGACAUUUUUUUCUUUAAAAGUUUAGUUAAGGAUACUGCUUUUAUCUUGUUUUUUUUUUGGUUAUAUAGCAUGAGAGAUGUUUGUAUCAGAAUAAGUUUUCUUGCAUUUCUUUUGAAAUACAAUCCUUAUUACCACUA